GGCAGUGCUGGAACUCGAAUACUGGAAUAGCCUUCAGCUUGUCGGUUACAGCAACUUGAAUGUUUUCGACUGUCCCAAAAUGAGUUCCUUGAGGAGAUUUUUUAACUUCGGGAAGAGAAAAAAGUCACAAGGACUGAAGUCAGGUGAAGAUGGAGGCUGAGGAGCCAGAUGAAUGUUUUUACUGGCCAAUAACUCGUUUAUUGACAUUUCUGUGUGACAAGGAGCAUUGUCGUGAUGCAACACCAGUUUUCCUGGAUAUGAUGAAUGAUGGUGUCAGUCAAAUGUUGAACAAUUCACAGUAUUAUGGCUACUAUUGAUCGUGAUAGUAGCAGGAAACGGCGGUGUGAUAUAUACUUUGACAGUUGGGAGACCCAGAAAGAGUCGAAUGAACUACUUCAUCACUCACUUGGCUUACGCAGAUCUUGCAGUCGGCCUGAUAAGUGUGCUGACAGAUUUAAUUUGGAGGAUAACAGUCAGUUGGAACGCGGGCAAUAUAGCCUGCAAGGUUAUAAAGUUCCUGUUGUUGUCACAUACGGAUCGACGUACGUUCUAGUCGCUCUAAGUAUAGACAGAUAUGAUGCCAUAAGACACCCAAUGAAGUUUUCUGGAAGCUGGAAAAGAGCACGAUGCCUGAUAACCACAGCCUGGGCGUUUAGCGUACUUUUUUCUAUACCCAUUUUAAUACUAUAUGAAGAAAAGUUAGUACAAGAGUUUUAUGGCACUGGUCUUUCGGCUCAUUAGUCAGCGUAGAGUGUUUGUCAAGGUUUCAAGUCAGCUUCAAUGUUGGUUAGAAUUCUCUUCUCAGUGGAUGUGGCGACUGUACAUGACGUUAGUGUGUAUAUCGUUGUUUGCUCUACCUACUGCAAUAAUAGCAACAUGUUAUGCAAUCAUCAUCACCACAAUCUGGACAAAGAGCACAGAGACGUCUUUUCUAGACAAGGGACAUAGGGGCAAAAGGUCUGGAAGAAGAGAAAAGGAAAAUGCUUCUGACAACUCAAGAAGAGCUAGCUCCAGAGGUCUCAUUCCAAGAGCAAAAGUCAAAACUGUAAAAAUAACAUUGGUUAUAGUUAGUGUAUUUGUGAUCUGCUGGAGUCCAUAUAUGGUCUUCGACCUCCUCCAAGUAUAUGGGCAAGUACCACCAACGCAGACUAACAUUGCGAUCGCGACUUUCGUCCAGAGCUUAGCCCCAUUGAAUUCAGCGGCGAAUCCGCUCAUAUACGCUAUCUUCUCGGCACAUUGCGGUAGGAUAUUGUGGUUGCUGCCACCGUUCAAGUGGAUAUGCAAGAAAAGAAAGAAGCGGCCCAAAGAUUCGACGACCAACACUCAAAGCAGCACAAUGUCCGAAUUCCUGACACACACACAUAAGCGGAAGUCAGAGAUGUCAAACAGUGUAGUGAACACAGUAUUAAUACAUGCCAAAAAAUGAGUACCUACGAAUAUUGUUUGUAUGGAUGUACAACCCUUUACCUUUAUAUUUAUUAUAUAAAUGUUUAUAAUGUUUAUUAAAUGUGAAUUAUACAAUCAAUCCC